AAUAAUAACUAAAAUUUAUUAAGCACUUACAAUACUUACAAUAUGACCAGCACUAUUUUAACCCAUUUAAUCUUUAUGGCAUCUCUAUCAGAAAACAGUAAGGAUCCCAGCACUCUGGGAGGCUGAGGUGGGUGGAUCACUGAGGUCAGGAGUUCAAGAGAAGCCUGCCCAACAUGGUGAAACCCCUUCUCUACUAAAAAUACAAAAAUUAGCCAGGUGUGGUGGUGCAUGCCUGUAGUUACAGCUACUUGGGAGGCUGAAGCAGGAGAAUUGCUUGAACCUGGGAGGCAGAGGUUGCAGUGAGCUGAGAUCAUGCCACUGCACUCCAGCCUGGGUGACAGAGUGAGACUCAGUCUCAGAAAAACAGAAAACAAAAACAAUAAGGAAACUUUAUUAGACAUCCCUACAAUGCGUUCAGAUACAGGGUGAGCUCAAGGUUUGGAAUGAUGUCACCAAGGACAUCUUUUUAUAACUUUGUUCAGUUGUCCUCAGCAUUGGUCCAUCAGUUUUAUUCCUUGUGAUGGGCAAGACAGCUGUUAAUGACAGUGUGGGAUAGAUGUUUCCACGUCAAGACGACAGUAUAUCAGAAACUUUCUCCUGAGUAUGAAAUAGAGGUCCUUUCCUUCAGUCAGAUUGUGCCAACUUGGGUCAUAUACUCGUUCCUUGAUUAGCAACUAUUUCCAAAAAAAUUUUGUAUGAUGACUGGUUUAAUCAGUAUCAUUUUGAUUCUGGGAAUAGGGCAGCUAUCUUAAUAAAAUAAGGAUUUUGGUACAAAGGAGUUAGAGGAAAAUGAAUAUUGGAUAGGUAACAUUAUUCACUAUAGAGUUUUGUUUUUAAUGCAAAAUUUAGAUGAAAACUUUAGCAGAUUUAAGUCCAGUGAUAGAAAUGUUAAGUUCUGAGUUUUCAAGCAAAUGGUCAGAAAAGCCUAUUUAAUGUUUUAUUACUUACGAAGUAAACAUAUUUCUCUUUCUGGUACAGAACAGGAGCUAAUUGAUCUGGGGUUCAUUUUCAUGAACGUUGUAUGAAACGCACAUAUACCAAACCUCAUAAGCUUUUUAUUAGUUGAUUUGUUCUUUGAAAUAUUAAGCUUGGUGUAAGGUAUUAUAACCUCCAUCUCUUUCUUUGAAAAUGUAAGAAGUCAAUAAUCAAUGUUGCAUCAAUGAAUAUUACUCAGUGAUGCCUAUUUUAUUUCUUCUUUUUCUCUAAUAACCAUUUAAAUAGUCCUUAUGGUCGAGCACCUCACAAUCUGAUUAGUUUCUAUUAAUUCUUUGGAAAAGAAACAUUCUGGGAACUCAGAAUUCAACGGUAGGUUGCUUUGAUAAUGUGCUCAUUUAGCUAGUGGAUUCCAGAGUGAUAGAAUGUAUGUUCGGCAACCUAAUUGUUGUGUAGGAAGAAAAGAACUUCUGUUAGAAGUUUUUAAAAAAGUUUAAAAAUUGUUUUUACCUCAUCAAAAGUUUGAUGUCUUGUGAAAGUUUUAUAGCAUGCAUAAUAUAUUAAUGCCAUACAUGAUACAUGUAAAUAUAUAUAUAUUUUUUUCUGAUAGGGAUGUGUGAUCAAGAGUUUAAAGAAGAAUGCCUCAGUGUAAAGUUAAUUAGUCUUGAAGUGAUGGCUUCGCAGAGGAAAGAUACUGGAUUUCAAGCUUGACAUUAAGGUGAUAAUAGUGGUGACUAUGGAAUAAUCAAUAUAAAAAUAAUAACAGCUAACAUUUACUGAGCGCCUACAAAGUGCCAGACACUAUUCUAAGUGCUUUACAUCCUCAUAACAAAUUUAUGAGCUAAAUGCUAUUAUUACCCACCUGACUUCUGAAAUUUUCUUACCCCCGGUACUCCCUGGUGUUAACUGGGCACUUAAUUUGUCGAAUAAAAUAAAAUUUAGUGCUCCCAAAUUUGUCAGCUGAACGGGACGGCAUGGAUUUCAGUGCUAGAGUGGGGGGUCAGACGACCCGGGGCUUCGUGUCCGUGGAGGCCAGCGGAAGCGUCGCAUACCUGUGAGGAGCAACGUGAGCCGGUGGCUUAAAUUUCCUGGGGUAGUGCUACUGGACUGAAUGCAUUUGCAAUAACCGGACGCAGAAAAAAAAAAAAGCGGGGACCAGGGGAGGCGAAACCCUUCCCGGCGCGAGUCCGAGCGUCUGAGAAGCAGAAGCCACACGUCCCGGCGACCUGAGUCCUGGAUCAGCCGGCCCGAGGACCAGCGUUAGCAUUUUCAAUCCAAGGACAACUUGCCUUUGAUGAUUUUCAAGAGAGUUGUGCUAUGAUGUGGCAAAAGUAUGCAGGAAGCAGGCGGUCAAUGCCUCUGGGAGCAAGGAUCCUUUUCCACAGUGUGUUGUAUGCCGGGGGCUUUGCCAUUGUGUAUUACCUCAUUCAAAAGUUUCAUUCCAGGGCUUUAUAUUACAAGUUGGCAGUGGAGCAGCUGCAGAGCCAUCCCGAGGCACAGGAAGCUCUGGGCACUCCUCUCAACAUCCAUUAUCUCAAGCUCAUCGACAGGGAAAACUUCGUGGACAUUGCUGAUGCCCAGUUGAAGAUUCCUGUCUCUGGAUCCAAGUCAGAGGGCCUUCUCUACGUCCACUCAUCCAGAAGUGGCCCCUUUCAGAGGUGGCACCUUGACAAAGUCUUUUUAGAGCUCAAGGAUGGUCAGCGGAUUCCUGUGUUCAAGCUCAGUGGGGAAAACGGUGAUGAAGGGAAAAAGGACUAGAGACGACCCAGAAGACCCAGCUUGCUUCUAGUCCAUCCUUCCCUCAUCUCUACCAUAUGGCCACUGGGGUGGUGGCCCAUCUGAGUGACAGACACUCCUGCAACCCAGUUUUCCAGCCACCAGUGGGAUGAUUGUAUCUGCCAGCACAUGGUAAUUUUGGUGUAGUUCUAACUUGGGCACAACGAAUGCUAUUUGUCAUUUUUAAACUCCUAUUACAAAGAAUCCGAAAGAAACUCCUAUUAUAAAUUUAAGAUAAUGUAUUUGAAAGUGCUUUGUAUAAAAAAGCACAUGAUAAAAGGAAUGAGAAUUAAUGUUUGCUGAUAUUUGCUAGUUCGCAUUUCUUUCCUUUCUCUUCCUUUUCCUUUCCCCUGGAAUUUUCAGUCCUCAUUACAAAGCCUGAAGCCUAGUAGUACCGAAGGGAUUUUUUUCUAAAUUAUUGACCUGAGAAUGAUGAGGAAGACCACUUUGGUUUUUCACUCUACCUUGAAUUCAUGUUGUUAAGUAGCUUGUGGACAUUCUCCAUCACUUUGGAAUAUUUUGUUUGCUUUGUUUUUAUUUCUAUUUCAGACACCAACCAUCUGCCCCGUUGAAGAUUUGCAAAAUAAUUGUUUUUAUUCCAAACAUUUUGAAAGCUUAGAAAAUUUAUAUGUGUACAUAUACAUAUAAAGUUAACUUAGGAAAGUUAGUUUGAAGCUAACAGUGUCUGGCUGGGCGUGGUGGCCCAUGCCUGUAAUCCCAGCAAUUUGGGAGGCCAAGGCAGGUGGAUCACCUGAGGUGAGGAGUUUGAGACCAGCUGGUCAACAUGGUGAAACCUUGUCUCUACUGAAAAUACAAAAAAAUUAGCCGGGCGUAGUGGCGGGCGCCUGUAAUCCCAGCUACUUGGGAGGCUGAGGUGGGAGAAUUGCUUGAAUCCAGGAGGCAGAGAGUGCAGUGAGCCAAGAUUUCACCAUUGCACUCCAGCCUGGGCAACAAGAGCAAAACUCUGUCUCAGGAAAAAAAAAAAAAGGGAAAGAAAAAAGGGAAAGGGAAGGAAAAAGAAAGCUAACAGGUUCUUAUCCAUCUGCUUUCCAAACAACUUAACCGCAUGUUAGAGAAUUGUAUCCUUAGGUUUUAUUAGUCUUAUAAGGAAACGUAUUAUAAAGCAAAAGAACUUCCUUCUGGGCACCAGAGCCUACAAAAACAGAAAUCUGGUAUCUGUGCUUUGAAAAGGUCAGUUUAACCCUCUUAGCAUUAGCAGGCUUAAUGCCAUUGUGGUUGUCUACAAUGAAGGACAGCCAUGAGCUCCCUUCCUACAUUCUUAAUAUUCAUUGAAGAGAAGCCUCUCAGAAAAAAAAAAAAAAAGAAAAAAAAAUGAGCUUAAACAUGCUAGUAGGGUAUGAGGUCUUCAGUUGUUACAAGUUAUCUCUAUUUUGGAGUUGUUUCUUUAAAAACAUAUUUGUGUGUUCUUUGAGUAGAUUAUACAGUGAAAAGUGCUUCCCUGAGAGCACUUUUGUCAGUGUGUUCAGAUAAAUAUUCCAAUCUCUACAGUCUUUUAAAAUAAAUGGCAGAGCACUGUACAGUUUUGUGCUUUUGCUCUUUAAGUUACAGUG